AUGUUCCACACCUUUGAAGGGUUUGAGAAUUCAGGGCCAGCAACGCCUGCCCGAAGACCGAGCAGUGAGAGGCGCGAGUCAGUGAGCCGCAGAGUCACUACUCUACGUGCGUGUACAUCUUGUCGUCAUCGCAAGAUCAAAUGUGAUGGUGAGAAACCAUGUGAGGCUUGCCGGUGGUACAAGAAAGCAGACCAAUGUCAUUAUUCUGAUCCACGCCCUUCAAGAAGACAUGUCGAGAAAUUGUCCACAACCUUGGAUGAAUAUCGUAGUGUGCUGGAGAAGCUGUUCCCAGACGUGGCCCCUGAGUCUCUCGUCAAUCUCAGCAGAGAGAAAUUGCUCGAGCUGACGACCGGCUCAGUAUCAUACUCACUGGCAAAUGCGCAUCCUGCAUCGCCUGCGACUUCGGGCUCAGUGGAGGCUCAUGUGUCUCCACAAUCCAACGAGGAUGAUAACCUCGAAUCUUUGCAAAGUAUGCCCGAGGACUUGGAUAACAUUCGACAGCCCAGCGCCACCGAUCUUAUCGUGGGUGUCUCCGACGAUGUGAACGCCCUGUCCCUCUCUGCUCGACCUUCUUCGUCUUAUCUGGGUGUAUCGUCCAUUCAGGCCGUUCUCAAAGUCAUUGUCUGGCUUGAUCCGGGGGCUGCGGCCUACUUCGCUCGGACACCCACAAGUCAACCGGCUGACAGUGGUGUUGACUACAAUACGCAGAAUGCAUGGAAUCAACCGCCAGUAACACCGCCGCACCCUUCCAUCCCUUCGACAGAGAUGCAAAUGCUUGAUGCCUAUUUCCUGUAUUUCCAAGCUUUUGCCCCGAUGAUCGAUGAAAAAUUGUUCCGUGACACAUACAUCUCCGGCCGACGCAGAGAUGACCACUGGCUUGCCCUCUUGAAUAUUGUUCUUGCUUUGGGAAGCAUUGCCGCCUCGGGACCGGAUGAUACGACUCAUCAAACAUACUUCAUACGGUGCAAGAGCCACUUGAGCAUCAGUUCCCUUGGUAGCUCAAAUCUAGAGACCGUCCAAGCACUGGGACUGAUUGGGGGUUGGUAUUGCCACUACAUCAGCCAACCGAACCUGGCAUACUCGCUCAUGGGCGCUGCGCUCCGAAUGGCAGUUGGACUGGGUCUGCACAAGGAGUUCGCAGAAGCACGACAAUCGCCAAAUUCCGCAAGACUGGCCUCAAUAGACCUGAAGCGUCGGGUGUGGUGGUCUCUUUUCUGCAUGGAUACCUGGGGAGGCAUGACACUCGGUCGCCCUAGUAUGGGCCGCUUUGGUCCAAACAUUACUGUGAAAUCACCCAAUUGCCGAGACAAGGAUAACGUUCUAGAGAUUCUCCCAUUGGUGGAAAACAUUCGCUUUGCCAAAAUCGUGACCCAGGUUCAAGAAUUGUUAGCAGCAGCGCCUCUAGUGAAACAUCAGGAGAUGUCUCAUGCAGAUACACAACUUCUCGAUUGGUGGGAAAAUCUCCCACCGGUUCUUAAAGAUCACGAGCCUUGCUCGGAGUCCGUCAGUACCGUCCGAACAGUCAUGCGAUGGCGAUAUUUCAAUCAGCGCAUGCUUCUUUAUCGCCCUACCCUUCUGAGCUACGCAAUGCGACGCGUCCCGUAUAUUGCGUUGCGAUCAGAAGAGCGCACGGCAAUCGAAAAGUGUCGCGAGGUUGCCGAGCUGUCUAUCCAAAACAUUGCUUGUACUGCGCAACUCAACCAGCUUUGUGGCUGGAACGCUGUCUGGUGGACUUUUCAAGCAUCUUUGGUGCCGCUGGUUGGCCUUUUUCUCAAUGACCCCACGGCCGAUGAUCCCCGUGCUUCAAUCGAGUCCUGCCAAGCACAAGUGGAGACUGCCAUGACGAUUCUCGCUCGCAUGCAAUCAUAUGGACAUACUGCGAAGCGUUCUCUUGAUGCUAUUUCAUGCAUAUACGAAGCCAGUAAACGAGGUCAAGAUCUCACUACUUUUACCUCUACAUCUGGCCUUUCUGCAAGCCUAUAUUCCGCUAGCCGGGAUAUGACCUUGUUCUCGCCUCCUGAGCCGGCCUGCAUGGGGAUGCAUCCAGGAGAUAAUGGUAUUGCAGAUCCCUUAUCAGCACAGCCAGUCGAUGACUCCGGUCAUUACUUAUGGGAAUAUCUCAGCUGGAGCGACAAUAAUAUGUGGCCGGGACUGACAGACCUUGAGAGCCGCGGCGAGGCCAUGCCGCUGUUUACGCCCGAUCAUCAAAAGGGUCCCAAGUUUGGAAACCAACCAUGUUUUGAGCCAAUGCCGGAUUCUUACUUUAUCAAUCCUCCCCUUUACUAUUAA